AGAAAAAAUGGCUUUUCAAUCUCCAGGAAGCAAGUUGGCACUAACUCACAAGCAUGAUUGGCUGAUUCUUGUGCUUCUUGCUAUUAUUGACGGACUCUUGAAUUUGAUAGAACCAUUCCAUCGCUAUGUUGGGGAACAUAUGAUGACAAAUCUUAUGUUCCCAUUCAAAAAAGAUACCAUACCCAUGUGGGCUGUCCCUGUACCUUUUCUAUAUAUGAAGAUACAUCAUCUGUUUAUAUCUUCUCGCGUAAACUUACACCAUUCAUUCUUGUAACAGAUCCUCUCUAUUUUUCUCCCCAUUCUUAUCUUCAUUGGGUUUUACUGUUCCAGAAAGGAUAUCUAUGAUUUACACCAUGCCAUAUUAGGUCUCAUGUUUUCUAGCUUAAUCACCGGAGUCAUCACAGAUUCCAUUAAAGAUGCUGUUGGUAGACCACGACCAAACUUCUUCUACCGGUGUUUCCCUGACAAAAUACCUGCGUAUGACAAAGACACUGGUGAUGUUCUUUGUACUGGGAUUAAGGCAGUUAUAAAGGAAGGAUACAAAAGUUUUCCAAGUGGGCAUACUUCAUGGUCCUUUGCUGGUCUUGGUUUCCUUUCAUGGUAUUUAUCAGGGAAAAUUAGAGUGUUUGAUCGUAGAGGCCAUAUUGGGAAACUAUGCCUAGUCUUGCUUCCUUUGCUUAUUGCUGCUCUUGUGGGAGUUACUCGAGUUGAUGACUACUGGCAUCAUUGGACUGAUGUGUUUGCUGGAGGCAUCAUAGGACUUGUAGUGUCUUCAAUUUGCUAUUUGCUACUCUUUCCCCUGCCUACUCAACCACAUGGUUGGGCACCUCAUGUAUGUUUUUAUAUGAGGGAAGAAAUGACAUCUAGCCAUGGAGAAAGCCAAACUUCACAUCAAUCAAAGUUAGAUGAGUUGCCCCUGCAUUUAAUGGAAAUGGAAAAUGGAAGAUAUAUCUGAUGAAUUCUUUUACCAAAUAAUAAUAAUAACAUCUAUAUUGAUUUUUUUACCAAAUGAAUAGUAAGUUUAUAGAAUUUAGGCAGUGUAAUUUAUAUCUAAGGAUACAUCUAGUUAG